AUGAACUAUUUAGCCAUAAACAUAAGAGGUACUAGGAGUGCAGAGAAGCCACUGUGGAUUAGUAAAUUGGUAAAAGAAAACAGAAUCUCGUUUUUAUGUAUGCAAGAGACACAAGUGUCAAACGUGGACGAGAUAACCAUCGGAAGGUUUUGGGGAAAGCCAGAUAUGGAGUGCGAGACGGUGGACUCUAGGGGCAGGUCAGGGGGCCUAGUUUCGGUAUGGGACCCAGGUGUAUUCACAAAACAGGAUGUGAUAAAGCAUGAUUCAUUUUUGUUAGUGGGUGGUGUUAUAGCAGGCAGUCGAGAAAGAAUAAAUGUAGUAAAUGUGUACGCACCAUGUGAUGUGAUCAGGAGAAGAACAUUAUGGAAUGAACUAAAAGAGUUAAAAGACAAUAAUACCAGCGGCUUAUGGAUAAUGAUCGGAGACUUUAAUGAAGUCAGAAGUGAGGAAGAGAGAAUGAUGUCGAGAUUCGACAGCCAAAGUGCACUAAUUUUUAACAGAUUCAUCGGAGAAUUGGGGCUUGUAGAAUACCAAAUGGGAGGGUACAAAUAUACGUACAUGUCAGAAGACGGAAAGAACUUAAGCAAGAUAGACCGUACUCUUGUCUGUGAUGCGUUUAUGGAGAAAUGGCCAGAAGCGAGAUUUGAAGCACUCGGAAGACACCUGUCAGAUCACUGCCCGAUCGCUCUUUGCUGCGCUAAAGUGGAUUUUGGACCAAUACCAUUCAGGUUCUACAAUAGUUGGUUGGAAGACGAAGGGAUAGAUGAAGUGGUGAAAAAGAAUACUGUGGGACAGGAGAGUGAAAACAAUAACAUGAAGAAGUUGGCGAAUAUUCUUAAAAAACUAAAGAUUGAUUUAAAAGAAUGGAGAAAGAAAGUAAAGACACGAGAAGAAAAGGAGAUCAAGGAGACGGAAAUAGAGGUGGAAUCUAUUGAAAAGAUAGCGGAAGAACGGAUUCUAACGACACAAGAGAAGGAAAGAAGAGUAAAAGGGAGAUGGAAGAUAAAAAUUACGAGAGGAAAAGAUUACAAGAUCUUAAACAAAAAGCAAAGCUAA